CCAGUAGCCAUUGUGUCCCUCACAUGUGUGACCGUCUGUGCCGCAGGUAAACAGGCUCACCGAGGAACUCUUCCGCUGCUGCUUGGUUCCAAGCUACAAACAUGGCGUCCGCCGUGCUGAAGGUUGCAGUGGCAGGUAUUUCCAGAUGUUCUCGUGUCGCGCUGCUGAGGGCACACUCAAAGACGGCGCCCCUCCAUCAGGGCGUUCCUGCAUCCCUGUGGAAGCUGGGGAGGCUGAACCACAUUGCCAUCGCUGUGCCUGACAUGGAGAAGGCCACAGCUCUGUAUCGGGAUGUCCUGGGGGCCACAGUGAGCGACAAGGUGCCCCUGCCUGAACACGGUGUCUACACGGUAUUUGUGGAGCUCGGCAACACUAAGCUGGAGCUGCUCCAUCCUCUGGGGGAGAAGAGUCCCAUCGCCGGCUUCUUACAGAAGAACAAGUCUGGGGGGAUGCAUCACAUUUGUAUUGAGGUAGACGACAUUAAUGCUGCGAUAGUCGACCUGAAGGCAAAGAACAUCAGAACUCUGUCAGCGGAGCCUCGGAUAGGAGCUCAUGGGAAACCUGUCAUGUUCCUUCAUCCGAAAGACUGUGACGGUGUGCUGGUGGAGCUCGAAGAAGCCUAAACAUCUCAGUCUGGUAUUAAUUAUGUCAGACGCUGAUUCACAUUUAUAUAUUCCACAACCCCUUUGAUAUCUGAUGAUGAUAACAGGUGGUUCCUUAUAGUACUUCUCCUUUCAGACAGCUGGUUUUUCCAGUUCUGUUUCACUUCUGUUCUUUACUUUCCUGUUUUGGUGUGAAUAAAUGAAUGUGUGGUGUGUGA